AGUCAGGCGGCGGCCGAUCAGAGACGCGCUAACAACGGAUCCAACGACCGGACAAUUAAUGCCAAACUAGGGAUGAGUUUACAAGAAGCGAUGCAAAUACUGAAUGUGGACAACAAGAAGCUGACGGAUAUGGACGCGGAGACCAUUCAGAAGAGUUACGACCACUUGUAUGACGUGAACGACAAGUCCAAAGGCGGCUCCUUUUAUCUGCAGUCAAAGGUGUGUAUUGUUUGCUCACGUAUUGAUGGAAACAUCAGUUUUGUGGCCACUGUUUGGGACAAUUAG